AUGAGCCAACCGCCUCAUCGAUCUAGUCUCGGGAUGUUGCUUCGACGCAGUAAAUCGGGCGACUUGGGUAAAGGUGGUAGGAAGCACCAUAAGGAGGUGCCGCAACGGGAAAGCGUUCCUAAGUCCCCCCCUCGUCUCCCUGAUCUCUACAAUGGUGCUCAACCUCCUGAACCACUUCAGAGCUUCGGAGGCGAUACCCGCCCGGAUUCUAUCGCCAUCAUUUCUGGAAAAGUCGACCAUUCAUUUCACCGCUUCCCACCUAGGCCGUCUAUCGAUCCCGGUCGUCCUUCGAUGUCCUCUGUUUCUAGUCCUCCCGUACCUCCCGUUCCCAGCGGAGUUUACGUUGACCCCUACGCUCGUACCGAAAGUAUGACGCACCGUGGCCGAUACAGCUAUGCAAGUAGUGCCAUGAGCACUAUUAACAGCCCUAGAAGGGUUCGUAGGAGGAAGGACCCUACUCCUUUCAAUAUUCUGAUUGUGGGCACCCGUGGCUCCGGAAAGACCUCAUUCCUCGAAUUUCUCAAGACCGCCCUGGCCCUGCCAGAGAAGAAACGAUCUCAACGGUCGACUGAGAUUGAACAAGAGGUUACUUCCAAUGCAACCCCCUCGGGUAACUUCAUACCGCACUACCUCGAGAGCGAAAUCGACGGCGAGCGUAUCGGCUUGACCCUGUGGGAUUCGGAGGGUCUCGAGAAGAAUGUGGUAGAUCUACAAUUGAGAGAAAUGUCCACGUUCUUGGAGAGCAAGUUUGAGGAAACCUUUGCUGAGGAGAUGAAGGUGAUCCGAUCACCCGGCGUUCAGGAUACGCACAUCCACGCAGUUUUCCUCGUCUUGGACCCUGCUCGUCUAGACCGAAAUAUAGCUGCUGCGAAAGCUGUCUCAGCGAACGGUCAUAGCGGGAAGUAUGAACGAGACGUUGGCCGCGUCGUAGGUGGUCUAGACGAAGAUCUUGACCUACAGGUUAUGCGAACCCUCCAGGGCAAGACAACAGUGAUACCAGUCGUCUCGAAGGCCGACACGAUAACCACCGCUCACAUGGCCGUCCUCAAGAAGACUGUCUGGGCUAGCCUCAAGAAAGCAAACUUUGAUCCUCUCGAGGCACUAGGUCUCGAUGAUGAAGACGAUACCACCCCGGAUUCUAGCAGAAUCGACGAGGCCGAAGAUGAGGAUCAAGAGGAUGGUGAGGAGGCAGCUGAUUCAGCAGAGUCAGGAGACGAUAAGCAAGACGAGGAGGAGCCUGCAGUUACAGAGGACGAUAGCGCUGGAGCAGAGGAUGAAGAGCUCCCCAUUCAAGGCAGAGUCUCGCCGGCUUCAAAACGCCGCUCGAAUACCUCCAGUCGCCGACCCAAAUCAUCUGAGGGAGCGACAACUGAAGAACUUCCUUUCCUUCCAAUGUCUAUAAUCAGCCCCGAUAUCUACGAGCCUGGCGUUGUUGGUCGCAAGUUCCCUUGGGGUUUUGCAGACCCUUACAACGAGGAGCACUGUGACUUCACUAAACUGAAGGAUGCAGUAUUUGGCGAGUGGCGUGGUGAACUACGCGAGGCUAGCAGAGAGAAUUGGUAUGAGGGAUGGAGAACCAGUCGUCUCAAGCAGAGACAACCUACGAGUCGACGUCGAUGA